UUUUUUAAUGUACUUUUUGAACGUAGUGUUCAGCAGUUUUAAUAUAAGGUACUCUGUGGUUUAAAUUCUCUUUGGUAUUUUGGUUUGAGCUGAAUGCUGAUCACUGAUGGUCAAUUAAAAAAUAAAUUAAAAAUACCAAUAAAUAAAACAACAGCAACCUGUGUAAUGUGUUUCCGGGAAAAUGUAAAUAGAAAUUGAUUUAAUGACUAGAUUGUAGAUAAUAUUAAACUAUAUUUUAUUUUCAUUAAAAUAUUAUUUUUACCAUAUAAAUUGUUUGAGACUGAAAAUUGUUGAAAAUUUACUUUAAAAGUUUUAAAGCCUAUAUAAUAUAUGGCCACAGUUCAAAUGUGUUUUAUUAAGUGUUUAGUUUGAAGACAAUAUGUCGAAUUCCCAAAUUUCUGCACCGUCUAAUGGUGUCUCGGAUAAAGUAUUGGAAAUAGAAACUACUUUACAACAAACAGCAAAGUAUUUAAAAGAACUUUAUGCAGAGUGUGAGAUUCUUCGAAAUGAAUUAUUAAAUUAUAAAACACAAUACAUAUCACUAAAAGAAAAAUGUGAAGGAAAGUGUUGUGCUGCUGGAGAAAUGCUAAAAAAGGAAAUAGACAGUAAAAACAAUAUCCUACAACAAAUUGCAUCAUCCUUAUCAAUUCUGCAUGAAACAAAGAACUUCAAUAUAAUAACUAAUAUAUAUAAAAUAAUAUGCAGUGAUGGUUCUGAUCCUUUACCCCAAAAUGUAUGUAUCAGUCCAAAGAAAGAAAAGUUAUCUCAGGAUGAGUCCGUAUCUGAAAUAGAGGGAACUCCAACAGGUCGUACAAGUCCAAUUAUACAAAGCAAGAAGUUGAGGGGCAGUAGCAACAAUUUAAGUUUGAAUAAUAAAAGAAAAUGUCCUGAAUCAUGGAAGUCACCAGAGAAGAGUAACUUGAUGAUCAACUUCUCUUCACCUAACAGCAGUAAAACACGUGGUCGAAUGAAACAAUCUAAAUUAAACAUAGUUAAAGUGAAAGCUUCUAGUGUUGUUGAUCUCACCUGUUCUCCGGAGCUGAGGGUGCAUCCUACUGGGAAAAGAAUUGAGGUGAAUAUUAAGAAAGAGAUAGCAGACAUAGAUGAGACGAUAAUGCCAUCCCCUACUAGCAGACUCGUGAAUGUACCAGAUAUACAAAAAAUAAGUAGUCAUGAUAGUCCACGUAAGUUUAAACAACCGACGACACCGCUCAAGUUCAAGAUUGAAGAGGAAACCAGAUGCGAUAGACUGGUGAAACAUUCACCUACUUACACAGAACAUUCUAUAGACUUAAUGGAACAUUGUAGAAAAGUACAUAGUAAACAAAUAAAAACUGAAAAAUGUAAUGAAGAGAAUGCAGAAAUGGAUGCUGAUGAGAGUAUGUCGCUCUUAGAGAAAAACAGAAAAAGCCCUCUCAGUCCAAAGAAGAAACCAAUGUCAGAAAACAUAAAUGUUACAAAUGUGGCCGAGCCAGUGAUUGAGUCAAGUAUGUCAAUAUUGAGGCAAGAUUACAACAAGAUAUCACCCGUUAAUGAUAAAUGCAAAAGGACUGCUCCAGAACCUGUUUACAAAGAGCCGGUUAUAAGAAAGAAGGCUGAGAAACGUGCGCUACGCGGGUGGAGUUGUGACGAAUGCAAGACCUUUUAUGGUGAAUUAUAUAAAGAUGAUCCUGAAAUGUUGGCUAUAAAAAUGGAUGAAUGUUCUAAGCACAGGGGUAAGAAUAAUCCAAUUAGACCUAAAACACCGCCUGGUUUCUGGAACCCGAGAUGGGAUGUUCCUACAGAUACAGAGGAGUUCAACAGAAGAAAUAAUGCAAUGUGAAUGUUACAAUCAAUAAAAAAAAUUGUUCAUUUA